UCGUAGGUUUCCUCGCUGUCCUUCCUGCGCUGGAUCUCUGAUGCAACCGUGUUUGUUAUGGUGAAGGAUCACUGGAUUCUGCGUCCUUAAAUGAGUGUUUUUGAUCUGUUUCGUGGGUUUUUCGGGGUUCCCGGUGGUCAUUAUCGUGGUGAUGGCCGCAGGGACCCCUUCUUUGAUGGUAUGAUUCAUGAAGAUGAUGAAGACGAGGACGAUGACAAUGGAUUUCACCACGAUUACUUUAAUAGGCCCCGUAGGGACCCGUUUGAUGAUGCCUUUAGAUUUGGUUUCAGUUUUGGGCCUGGUGGGAUGCGCUUCGAGGAACCUGAGCUGUUCGGCCAGAUCUUCAGGGACAUGGAGGAGAUCUUUGCCGGUCUAGGCCGCUUUGAUGAGCACCAUGGCUUUGGACACAGGGGUGCCCCACCAGUAGAAGCUCCGCCUCAGGAAGGUGCAGAGAAAGGCAGGGGUCGGGCAGGAAGUAGUAACCCGAUUAGAGAUUUCAUGUUGAAGUCUCCUGACAGUUCACCCGACACACCAGCCCUCCCUCCCCCCUCUGGGGCACCAAAGGACAGGGAUUCUUCUUCUCCACAGGAUCCCAGCAGCCACUUUCCUCAGUGGAGACCCUUCUCAAAGUUUCAUGAUUUUUGGAAAGAUGGCCUAUUAAGACCAAAAGAGGUAGAGAAAAAAGAGGAUGGAGAUCUGGACUCACAGGUGUCUUCAGGUGGUCUGGAUCAGAUCUUGACUCCAGCGCCUUCACAGCCUAAGAUAAGGUCAACUUUUAAGUCUGUCAGCGUUACCAAGGUGGUCAGACCAGAUGGAACUGUAGAAGAAAGGCGAACAGUCAGAGAUGGUGAAGGUAAUGAAGAGACUACAGUGACCAUCUCUGGUCCAAGUGGCCGAGAUGGGCCGCAAGAUCAGUCUGGUCCUCUCAUGCCAGGUGGGUUGAACCCCUCUACUGACAUGCAGGAUGAUUUCUCAGUGUUUUCGAAGUUCUUCAGAGGCUGAAGAAGCUCUGGACACAAACCCAAGCACGAUCUCUUUUCAUCCUUUCCCAGCAAACCCACCAAAUGCAAGCUACAAUAAUAUUUAGUUGAUUUUACAUUGUUCAGUCUGAUUGAAUUGUUCCGUGUGAAUGUGGAGAUCCAGUCUUGAUUAUAUGAGUGAAUAAUUAUUUGCAGCCACAAAAUGACCCUAAUAAAGUUGCCUACUCUUUUACUUUUCAAUCAAAUCUGAUUAAGAGUAGUUUAAGAAUUAUAUUAACAUCUCAGACCUUUAGGUUAGUUGUUGAUGCUGCAGUAUUUUGAAAAGAACUGACUGCCACAAUUUUAGUUUGUUGGUAAAGAAGAGCUGAUUGGAUUCGCAGAUGAUACUGCCGAUAAUAAGCCAGAGUUUAAUAUAUUUAUAAAUUGUAUUUUCAAUGGUGUUAUCACUGUGUAACAUAAAGAAAAGAAUUUAAGAUCUGCCUUGUUUUUUCUUUUGUUUUCAAUUAUUGUUUUAAGUAACAUCUGUGUGCACAAGUAGUUGCUUUACUUUGAGAACAGGUCAGUUUAAAAGUGACGAACAGUUCAUUCAGCUGUUUUUACGGUGUGUCAAAAUCCUAAAAAUGCAAUGCUUUUCUUGUAAAAUGUGAACUGAACAAAGCCAAGCAUAACUAGUCAGCCUGGAUUUAACCUAUUCAAAGAGUAACAAGCAUACUGAGUUUUGUGAUGAAAUGAAACU